GAAGAACCAGGUUAGUCGCUGGAGAUACAAUCCCUGUGGAGAGCCAUCCCUGGCAUCCCAAGCCCGCGAACAUCGACCUCGAUCUGGAUUCUGGGUAUAAGGUCUGGCUCGUCACCUGUCGACAUCGCUUCCAAGACUGGGCUAUCGCCAAGAGGACAAGGAAGUUUCCAGACUUCCCCCCAUCUUCAACAACCUCCCAGUCCCCACGGGCUGAGAAAAGUUUCACAACAUGGGUGGUGGAACCUCGCUCUGGGCCUCGCCCGACUGGAAGAACGAUCCCAAGCAGAUCUUCAACAGCCGCCUGUGGUUCCUGGUCGUCGCCGUCUCCUUCGCCGGCUUCUCGUACGGCUUCGACCAUGGCAACGUCGGCGGCGUGCUGCGCCAGGGUGAGAUCGCGUCCAUGAUGUCGGCCGGGGCCGCCGUCGGCGCUCUCUGCGCGGGGCCCUUCUCCGAGUACCUGGGCCGCAAGGGGUCCAUGAUCACGUACGGCUCCGUCUUCCUGGUUGGGGCCGUCAUGCAGCUCAUGGCCGACCUGUCCGUCUUCCAGGCCGGGCGCUUCAUCGGCGGCCUCGGCAUCGGCGGCACCUCGGUCCUGUCCCCGCAGUACCUGGCCGAGAGCAGUCCCAAGACCAUCCGGGGCUCGCUCACGACGCUCUACAACCUCGCCAUCAUCCUGGCCCUCUCGCUCGCCUUCUGGGUCAACUACGGCGUCAGCAGGUGGAACUACGCCGGCGUCAAGACGGACGACCGGCAGUGGCGCACCUCGAUGGCCAUCCAGAUCAUCCCCGCCGGCGCCAUGGCCCUGCUGAUCGCCAUCGCCAUCGACUCGCCGCGUGGGCUGAUCGCCCGCAACAAGUGCGAGAAGGGCCUCGAGGCUCUCUGCAAGCUCCGUGGUCUCCCCGCCGACCACCCGUACGCCGACGUUGUCAACGAGCUGAACAAGAACCGUACCUACCUCCUCGCCGCCCGCGACAUCAUCAAGAUCCCCAGCUACCGCCGCCGCUUCGCGUUGGCCACGACGCUCUUCAUCUUCCACAAGCUCACGGGCACCGACGCUAUCAACUACUUUGCGCCCCAGAUCUUCCCGUUGCUCGGCGUCAGCUCGGGCUCCAUGUCGCUCAUGACGACAGGCAUCUACGGCGUCGUCAAGUUCUUCGCCUCGCUGCUCUACGCCACCGCCAUGCUCUAUAUAGGCCUUUACGUCCGCUUCGGCCCCAAGGAGGCUCCCGCCGGUGGUGGCGUGCCCGCGGGCGGCAUCGUUGGCGUCAUCUGGAUCUACGUCUACGCUUUCGGCUGGUCGUUUGGCCACUCGGUCGCCCCCUACGUCCUGGCCGUCGAAGUGUUCCCGUCAGGCAUCCGGUCCUUCUCCAUCUCCUUCUGCCUGAUGCUCAACUGGCUGUUCGGCUUCGCCGUGUCGCUGGCCACGCCGCACAUGUUGCGCGUCAUGGGCUACGGCACCUUUUUGUUCUUUGCGGGCGUCACGUACGUGGGCGUCGUCUACGUCUACUUUUGCAUGCCCGAGCUCAAGGGCCGGUCCAUCGAAUCCAUGGACGACCUGUUCGAGCAUCGCCUUUGGGAGAUGUUCCGCCACGCCUACCCGACCGAGGACGAGAAGGCGCGCAAGGACGUGCAGCGCCAGAUGCUAGACGAGACCAAGGGCGCCGAAGGGGUUGUCCACGCCGAGCGCUCCAGCGCCACCGAGGACUCGGACGGCGUUGAUAAGGCGGCGUCAAAGGCCUGAUUUUUUUUUGGCAUAGUCUUGCUCGCUGCUUAUUUCAAUAGCUUUGCUAUUUUGUAAUGGGUUUUUUUUUGUUUUACUACGAGGGGUGGGAUGGCUUUAUGUGAUCAAAAAUCAUCAAAC